GUGAAAGCGUCGGAUUUGACAGCUUCACGCUUCCUCUUAAUGAGAGAGACGAAGCCUCGCCACCACCAACACCGCCAGUUAGGGAUGCCUCCAGUCUCAAAGGCGUGUGUUACGGCCCGGGACACGAGAAAUAUCCAUCGUGGCCGAGCGCACCGGAACAUCCCUGUGAGGAUAUCCACAGUUCGGGACACAGCGGCUCUCAUCGCUCCAAAUCUUGGACCGAUCACACCAACUAUCCAAAGGAGAAACCGGCCCAGUACACCAGACCACACACGAAAAGACCCAAUCCCACAUUCACGCAGCAGUUGAAGACGGUAAUGGAGCGUUGCGAGAAGAUCCCAGCUGAGACUUACGAGUCACGCAACAGAAGUGGCGUCGAGGAAGAACCAAGACUGUGGCCGCGCGUGGAUCGCGAGGGUAAAGCUUUGGGUGACGCGGAAUAUGCGGUUCCGUCACCACCGGAACGCGAACAGCAGUCUCAGACUUUGAGUCACGCUGAUCUGGAGGCUUACGUCAGAAGCUACCAAGAUCCUCAGGUGUCCCAAGUGGAUCUUUAUCGCGAAACAAGUUUAAUGCAAGCGGGUCUUGAGGAAUACACGAGAGUGCAACAUUCUCAGCAAGCUAGUUACGCACAAUCCGAAGGAUAUCACAGUUAUGUAUCCAGUGUGGAUUCCACAACGAACACGCCAUUUCUUGACAGAUUGAGAAGAGACAGCGAGGCGGUAGCACAAAGACCCGCUGUAUCUUGGGAAGAUACUUCUCGUGAAGGAAGAGAUAGCGUGGUGACUACAUCCAGCGGCAGCGCAUCUAGCAGCGAAACUUUAAAAUGGCACGGCUCGAUGUCUGACGUUAGCGUAUCGAGCGGUAUGCCACCUCGUCAAGGUGCAUCGGAUCGAUGGCAUCAUGGAUCUAUGUCAGACGUCAGCAGUGUGAACGGCGGGAUUUUAACUCAAAAGUCCAACACUAGUUGUCAUGAGAAGUGGCAGAGUUCUAUGAGCGACGUCAGCACAUCCGGAAUGACGAAAGGAAGACACAGCCUUGACAAAUGGCAAACUUCGAUGAACGAUCGAAACAAGCAGGGACAGAGCAGACCUAGUUUACCGGCGGUGAUCAAUCACUGUACGACUUCCGCGUCGAUCAGCGAUAUCUGCCAGACGUCGGCUGUUCGAGAGAGCAAGUGGCAGGAAUCUAACAUCGACGACGAUUCCUUGAAUGACAGAUCGCAAAUGAAUCAGUGGGAUAUCUCUGACAGACUAGAAAACGACAAAUACGUUCAACCAAUGCCGCAGAGUCCCACGCGCCAGCAGGUUGUCAGCCCACAGAGUCCUGAAAAUUGGAUGCAUGGGUCGAUGUCCGACGUGAGUCAGACAUCGACCAAUGGAAUGCAGUGCAGCAAACAGCUUAUCGCUCACAGUGCUAGAGUACAGACUCCUCAGCGACAUCAUUCGGAAAGUGUGCUGUACUGGGACCGUGAACGCAAUCAACGGAAACUUUAUCCUGUCAGUACAACACAGCCGCAAGAAUCUACACAGUCCUCAAGAAUGGCUUUAAACUCACCGCCACAACCGCUUUCAGUAGCUGAACGCAUCAACGAACUUGAAAAGCAGCAGCAGCAACAACAACAACAAAUGCGUUACACAUAUCUUGAUCCAGAAAAACGUCAUCGAGUUUCCGAUCCUACCUUGAAAGCGAUCCAAAAGAAAGCACUGUUGUCUUUCUACGAGAGACAUCAUCAGGCAUCGUGGCGGUCCGAGCCACAGUUGGCUCAGGGUUGUGCACCAGCUCCUCAAAGUCCUCAAAGUCCACAAAGUCCUCAGAGUCCUCCACCGCAGCCUCCACCUCGACCGAGACCAUCCUCAUCUCGAAGAGCCAGUUCAGCGUCGGACUAUGCCAGUGGUACGUGGAGAGAAAUUGUUAACAAAACCAAGAAUCAAGGGAACGGUGACAUGCUGAAUCCAAAGCAUCAGCAUAGCAACAGUUGCAGCAGUCUUUCUACGGAUUUAUUGGGCCCCGUGAUAGUCGGACCCGCGAUAUCGAUAGACGAGUGGGUGCCAGAGAGGCCACCUAAAAAGCCACAUUUGAGAAACGUUUACAACGAGCGUAUGCCUAGCCCUGAUUUGCCGCCACCAUCGCCACCGACGGUCACGGAAAACGAGGUUCAUGAUUGCGACGAUCCGUUGCCACCGCCACCGCCCGAGCUGAGUGAAGAUUGUUUCACGGAGGCUCAGCGUAAGUUCAAUAACGUUCAUCAUCAGACAGAAGAAACAGCAAAGAUCAGUCGUGAAAGAUCAUGUGAACGUCACAAGUCGGAAAGACACUCCAUGAAGAGAUCAAAGCACAACGGUAAGAGAGAUCACGAUAAAUCCGCUGGUAAAUCCUCGCCAAUUUCGACGAAAACGAACGCGCAAGAACAGGAGCAACAUCAGUUCGUGAGAUCUUCCGCUGCGCUGAAGCACGUAGAUUCCGAAAUGGUGCUGGAGAACGGAGUAUCGGCCGGAUUUGCAACGCACAGAAUGGUGGCCACAGAACGUUCCAGUUUAAGAUAUCCGUCCACUCAGAAGCUCAUGGUGAACGGCAGAAUAGCAUCUACGAGAAGACUGUCCGAAGAAAGACCUUUCUCAGCCAGACCCCCGGCGCAACUGCCUGAUCUCAUAUCGCAAAGAUACAGCGAUUCCAGAAAUCAGAGACCGGCUCCGCAAGUUCCGGUAGAGCCGAGGAUUAUUCGACAGGAAUCAAUGCGAGUUGACGGAACGCGCGUUGACGCGUCUGGUUUGUUGAGAAGCGAUUCCGGUCAAAGAUUGGAGUCUUCUUCAGGGCAGAGACCUCAACCUCAAGUGCCUAAAAACACAGAUAAGAAUUCUAUCGCGAGUCCAUCGAGACCGAAUUAUUUACCGGUGACGGAGAUCGCGAAAAGUCCGUCCAAAUACUUAAAAAGCGGAAAUCACAGCUUUUCCAUCGGCAGUCCCGUGAAAACGGGAUACGAGGCCAGUUCGAAACUAUUUCCUUCGGAGUCGAGUCCGCAGAAGUAUCACGAACCGCCGAAAUACGUUCCUAAUCAUCAUCAACGUUCCGGUGACGCGACGCAGAGAAAUUACUACGCGUUACCACCGAAAUAUGUUGAUACGCCCAAACAGAAACCUCAGCCUCAAUGUCCUACGGAUAGAUACAGCACCGGUUCUCCGAGUUCUCCGCCGCCGCCUUUAGCACCACGGCAGAACACGCCCGGGAGAAAGUCCUUACCGCCUCCACCGAGACCUGCUCCUCCACAUUCUCAUCAAGGAAGCCAAUCCAAAGCUUCCUAUUUGGCGUACAGACGAGAGCGCGGGGCUCCGGAUAGCGAGGGCAGCUACAAGAGGACAAUGUCGCCUACAUCUCGAAUGGACGAUUGGCCGCCUCCCAGAGAUCACGACGAUCCCGUGCUCUUGCGCGUCACGCCGCAUCAUCCGUCGCAGCAACAACAGCAUCAUUAUCAUCAUCAUCAUCAUCAUCAUCACCACAACAAUCAUCAGCAGCAUUCGGAUCUCCCCAAGUCGCACAGCGUGGACGCUCUUCAUCAUCGGUUGGAGGAAAGAUGUUCCCAGCAGCAACAUUCGGCGGAGAUGGUCGGUAAGCUCCCGCACGAGCUCAACAAGAAGUUUCAGACCGGCGACGUGAGAUCCCGAAACGAGAACAAUAACAACGACAAUCUCGAGGACCGGCAUCAGCACCAUCACUACCAAGAGAAGAGGCAUUCAGAGAAAAGAUACGAUUACGAGCAACGCAGGGAGAGACUGUCGCCGCAGAGCGUGGAAGUCCUUAACGACAGGAACAGGCAGCUGGAGCGAGAACGUCGAAAAUUGGCAGCGAGCUGCGAGCCCCUACCUCAAAAUAGAGAGAAGCAGCUACGAGAAAUCAGCGGUUCGCUUCCAAUCACCGGCGAGGACUUUUUCCGUGAAAGGAGUGCCACGAUCGAGAUGACCUCGCAAAACAUCGAAUUACUGAAUCGUCGUAAUGAGAAGAGAACGGGCAGCGUGUCGACGUCCAAUAGCACGAUAUCUACGUAUUCUGUGAACACCACGACAUCGUCGGUCGCAACGACGACGACGACCUGCGACAACGGUUGGUCCAGAGGACACGAGACGCAGAAUUCAAUAGAGGCUACUAUCUUCUCCGACAGACCGCCACCGCCGACGAGCUCGCCACCUAGAUCGCCGAACAACGUCGAGAUCGCGAGUUUACGAGGAGCCGUUCCAAAACGAUCCGGAAGUUGCUCGAGCUCGUCUUCCUCGGGCAGAUCGAUCGACGCCUGCGUGUCGCCUCGAGUUUUGCUGUCCAGAUCACCUCCUAAAAGUUCAUCGGACUCGCGUAACGAAGCUCGAAUAGAAUGUGUCUCCAUUAACAGAAAAGUCUCCAGUCCGACUCAAACGGACAACACGGGUUCCUGGAACAGAUCCGGCUCGCCGAGUCGGCUGAGUCAGACGAGCGAGACGGAAUCGCAAGUCGAGAGAUCCUCCGUGUCCUCGAAGUUCCGACUGAGCGGCAGAUCGUCCGCUUCUUCGAUCUCAAGCGUUUCCAAAGCUUCUUCCUCCUCUUCACCGAGAAAUUCGCCGGUCGAGGAGGACAAGUUGUCGCCUAUGUCGUCGCUCUGCGUGUCGCCUCAGCCCGGCAUCGAAGGACUAACGCUGAUGCAGCGUACCGAAGUCGUGCUCAUAGUGAACACUAGUACAAGCGAUGCGGCCUCGCAGACCGACAAUCCAGAGAAUACGGAACAAGACGGCAAGAUCCAGCGGCCGCUUCCGGAAUCUCGAAAGAAAUUGCCGGAAGAGAUCGAGUGCGAGGAGCUCAGCAAAGACUUGGCCAGUCAACUCAGUCCCAACGACAAGCUGGUGCCUAUACUCGUUCCAGCGCCGGAGCACAAGAAACCCACCGACUACGUUUCCGGCCUGUUCAGGGUGGAGGCGACCUUGCAGCCAAGGCGACCAAGGCGACAGCUCUCCCUGGAGGAGUCAACGGCCUCCUGCGGCGAGGACGCGGACACGGACGAUAAAAAACACGAAACGAUACCCUCGGCUCCCUUCACGCCACUCUCGGCCGAUCCUAUCAGCCCCCUGUCCCCCACGUCGGCUUACUUCACGAUAUCCGAGGGAAAGGCGAGGUUCCUGACGAGAUACACGCGGGACGUCACGGCAGAGAGAUUAACAUGUCAGGAGGAUGCGCCGACGGUCGAACCAACGAACAGCCUUGACCUCAGGCAGAAAAAGGAGGAGCUGAUGAUGCGACUCGACAGGAAGCUGCAGGUCCUCAGAGCCGAGCAGGAGACCGUGAAAGAGGAGGGUGAGGCGAACGAGGCUCUCGGUGCGCGAGUCGCCGCGCGUGUUUCCUCCGUGGCUCGUCCACCGGAAGCGUCCAAGUAUCGGAAUCACGUGGAGGAAGUCGGCAAGAUUACGAGCCUUCUUCUCGGUCUCAGCGGCAGGUUGGCUCGAGCUGAGAACGUCCUUUAUGGAAUGCCGGCCGACCACGCGGAGAGAAAAAUUUUGGAGAGUAAACGGGACAAACUGAUGGAUCAAUUGGAAGAAGCGAAGACAUUGAAGAAUAAUAUCGACAAGCGCAGCGUAAACGUGUCGGCAAUCCUAGCGAAGUACCUGAACGAAGAGGAAUUUGCUGACUACCAGCAUUUCAUUAAUAUGAAGGCAAAAUUGAUAGUGGACGGUCGGGAGAUACAGGACAAGGUGAAGCUCGGCGAGGAGCAACUAGCUGCGUUGAAAGAAACAAUCGACUAGUCGUUAAUCGAUGAUAACUUACACGCUAAGUUCUUAUGAAAUUAAUUCGUAAAUAACUAUAACAAUUUUUUUUUUUACCACGAGCGUGAACAACAAAAACAAGUUUCGAGAUUACGAGACACAUCUCGAUUCGAAAAAAUAAUAUAGUUAAUAAAAGUAAACAUUUACGAUUAAAUUUUAUAUAUAUAUAUAUAUAAUAUAUAUAUAUAUAUAUAUAGUCGAAUCUCUCAAAACUUAUACAGUCGGGACCGACGAGCCUCCCAAAAAACGUAUACUUCCCCUAUUCUCUCACUCUUUACCUCACGCAUGCGCAAAGACUUACUUGAAAUAAAUUCAUCUCGCUCUAGCGCAGUUUUGGUUGUAAUCAUACUUAGUGGUGGGAAAAGCGAUGAAGGGGAAAAUAUACGUUUUGAAAAUGGAUUUGUAUACGUUUUGGGAGGUUCGACUGUAUAUAGAAAUUUGAUCUAUUAUUUUUAAAAAUCCGAAAAUAUAUCAAACAACUAUGAUGCAUGAUUUUACACAGUAAUGUUAAAAACAAAUGCGUGAAAUAUUUUUUUGCAUGUAAAAAAUAUUGCGAUCGCGAGCUGAAUUUCAUUGUUUACACAGGUUAAACUUGAUAAACUUGAUGUGUGUGAUCCCGAAACCUUAAUUACCUAGUCUCUGUUAAGCUUGCAUCGAUUUUGUCGUGUUUCUCUCCCCAGUGAUAGAGAAAACAGUAUCGCUUUGUGUAUUAUCAUGUGACAUAUUAAGUAAAAUCGUCACACAUGGCGUUACGGUACAAAAUGAAGACCAAGAAUGUAUGAGUUUUUAUUUUCAGAUUUUUCUCCUGUUGAAGAAAACUGAGAAAGUAGGCGCUUAAACGAUUAAGAGAAAUAUUACUUGUAAAUACAUAACAAAUUUCCAGAAACAAUUGUAGCAGACUUGGGAUAGAAAAGCCAGAACGUGCGCAACCGGAAAUGAUAAAAAAACAAUUUGAAUGUGCGAAUUUUAUAAAUGUUUUGUCGUGGUAAUACGACUUUACACAUGUAUAUAUAUAUAGAUAUAUAAAAUACGUUAAGCUUAUAUAUUUUCGUGUACUGAUCGAUCUAAUGAUCACUUUAAUGACUAUCUUGCGCAGAGCAUAUUUGGACAUAUCCAAAUCAAAAAAAAUUUUAAUAUAUUUUCUAUAUAUAUAUAUAUAUAUAUAUAUUCUGAAUGCCUUGUAUGUGCGUGUUUGUAAUUUUAUACAUGAGUCGUAUAUUUAGGGACGUGUUGGUAGCGCUGUGCAGUUCAUCUCCAGUGUAAUAUCCGUUCUUACGUACGCAAAUAUAGACAUUUAAGGUCGAUGACCAUCUGUCGCGAGUGUUCGGAAUGGCCUUUGCGUAAAAAGAAAGGACAAAGCACGUUACCUGGUUAGCAUGUUAAUUCGAUGUUUGCGUAAACGCAAAUUGCCAGAUUCUCAAGCUAAGAUUUUUUACUUGUGGUGCCUUCUUAUAUACAGAAAAUGUGAUAUAAGAAUAAGGGGAGUUCACGUUCUGUGCGCGGCAUCCGAACAACUGAACGAUGCAGGCAAUUGAAACGAUGUUGUAUGUAUUUGUAUAUAUGAUAAGUAGAUUAUAAGUGCAUACAUCUCCACAUUGACACGUGACACUUGGUUUGUUUUUUAUUCCUGAACUAUGUUAAGUAAAAGAUAGCUCGAUGGAUUGAUAGUAACGCUAGGAUUGCAAAAUCGGAUUUGAAUCAUGCCUCACUUCUUUGAUAGUUUCGAGUCCAUCCUAUUAAAAAUUGUAGGUCCACGAAAAGGAAUAGAAAUUGAUGAAUCGGCCCAUCAAUCUCGCAGCUUUAGUGUAAGGACUGCAAAGUUAAGUUUGCCUAACAUUUUAGGUUUUUUUUUCCGAGCCGAUCUCCUUUCUAUCGAUUGCAGAGACCGCUCGUAUAUCGGAUAAAAAGCGAAACUAUCUUCAAAUAAGUAUUGCAAAAAUUAUCAGUUACAUAUUAUAACAAUCAGCAAUAGUGGCUCAAAUUCCAUUUAAUGUAUUUAGACAAUUGCAGAAUGACGUAUUGCUAGAGCCCGAGAGUCAAAAACUUUUUUUUAAAGUGUAAACUCAACUAAAUUUCAAACUCAACUCACAGAAAUUGGCAAAGAUAAUGUAAGAAAUUGUAAUCCUAAAAAGAACCAAUAAAAUAUUUAUUUCUCAGUCAAUUAUAUUUAUAACUCAGACAAUCAAAGUUACAAACGUAGAUUUUUCUUAAGAUAUUCAUAACUUUUGUCACAAGAAAAUUAUGUUUAAUAAAAUUUAGCAGAUAAAAAUAACAGAAAGUUUGUUAGCAUAAUAUAAUAGCUUGAUGUUAAAACAUUAAAGCAAAAAUUUGCUGACAGAUUUUUUAAUACAAAUUGAUGACAGAAAUUGAACAGAUCUGUUAACAAUUUGACUUGAUAAUAAAAAAAACCGAAGAUCUGUGCAUUGCAUCUGUUGGUAGGUUGGAAGCAAAUUACGAGCAAAAUACGGAGCAAAAUCUGCUGGUUUAUUUCUUAUGAGUAAGAUUAUGUAGUCAUCGCGUGGAGCUUUGUUGAUAUUUUUCAUCAAUAUAUGUUGUUUAAUAUCCAGAGUUUGUUUCUUCAGAAAACAUAAAUUAUAAAUAAAAAAUAAAUAGUGCGUAUUCUUUUAUAUUAUCUUUUUAAAAUAAAAACGAACACA